AUGGCUCUUGUCGACUACUCCUCCUCCUCAUCAUCAGCAUCAUCGCAUUCCGACAGUGAAGACGACAGCGCGCCAUCAGCGCCGCCGGCCAAACGGCGCAAAGCCUCGCCGCACGGCUCCGGAGCCCGGCCAAAGGCCCCGAGCCCUCCGUCAGGCCGCGAGUCCGACCUGCCACCUCUCCCCCCAGCAUUCCACGACCUGUAUGCGUCCACCGUCCGCCACAGCGUCGUGGACGAUCCCGCGCUGCACCACGGGCGCAAGAGACUGACUCCUCAUGUCGUGGGCAACUGGCCCAGCCAUGUUUAUGUGGAGUGGCAUCCGCUGGCUGACCAGCACGAGAAGCUGGCUCGACUGGUAUGCAGCGUCAACGAGGCCAUUGGCAGCCGAGCUAAGCUGCACAGCUUCCUGACGAGUGACUUGGGGGCGCCGCUGCCUCUCCACAUCAGUUUGUCACGGCCCCUUUCGCUAAGCACCUCUAACAAAGACCGGUUUCUCGACCAGAUCUCGUCUGAGCUGCAUGCCAGCGGCGUAUCCCAGUUCUCCGUUAGUCCCAGGAGGCUGUUGUGGUAUAACUCGCCUGACUCGAACCGCACGUUUCUUAUCCUCCAGGUAGCGAGCUCGUCAAUGUUGAAAAGCGGUGGGACGCUGUCGAAUCCGGAGCUCAUGAGGCUGCUGAACGCAUGCAAUGCCGUGGCUCAGAGGUUUGACCAGCCCAUUCUGUAUCAGAGCAAGGGAGGCGAAGAGGGCUCGGCUGAUGAGGCAUUUCACAUCUCUAUUGGAUGGGCGCUUGACCUCCCAGUGGAUGAAGAGUCCAACAAAGCUCUGGAAGUGUUUCGAGAUGGAGAGUUUGAGUCUGUCGAGACGUGGAAGAUUCCAGUGCCCGGCGUCAAGGUAAAGAUAGGCAAUGUCGUAAGCCACGUGCCGCUCUCCUCAGGAGCUGUUUCGACUGCUUCGAGGCGUCAAUCAAGGUCACUUUUUGGGUUAUAG